UCUCAAACGUCACACUCAACCCUACGCCGACCCAGUGCGCGGACCCGUGUCUGUGUGUGUACCGCUGACCCCUUUCGCUAGUUCGCCGUAGGUGGAAGGAGGGCAGGAAUUAAAGAAAAAAGGGAGACAGAAAGGCCGAGGAAAGAAAAGAGAGUGAUAGGAAAGGUUUAUUAGAAAUUAUUUGCAUAAACAUAUUUCAUUGCGAAUGAAAAGGAGACCUGAGUGCCGCGGUGCCCCAGUGCAAGUGUCGGGUCACGCCGCGAACCCUUGUUAGAGGCGGACUUUCAAGUGGCACUUGAGCGUGGCACCUCCUCGAGCCAGUGCCGCGGAGGCCAUGUUGUGAGUGUGGGACCUCUGCGCGGGUCACCACGCUAUCCCGGCCAUAAGUGGACGCAGGAACGGAAAGAGAGAAGGAGAGAAAAACAGAGAUCCUGUGCAAGUGGAGAGGCGAGGUAAGCGAGCCAGCGAACGAGGGGCAAGAAGGACCGGAGAAGGAACGCGUAAGUGGCACACGGUGGAGAGGGGGUGAGGCGCGUGCAGACGGACGCCAAGAGUUUGGGGGAAGUGGAGAGAGCGAGAGAAAGAGGGAGAGAGAGAGGACGGAAGAGAAGAGGAAGACGAGGAAGAGGUAAAGGGGAGGAAGAACAAGAGUCGCCAAGAUCGGUUCGUGCGGCAGUUCCUUCCUGAGGGGAGGGACUGACCCUCCAGGAUCCCUCCCGCCCUCUCCCCCCUCCUCCUCUUCCGCGCCUCCUCCCGCGCCUCCUUCUCCUCCUCCCUCUCCUCCAGCUGCUCCUAUCACCGCCAUCUCCACCCCUCCCGCGCCCUCCUCGCCCCCUGCCUCCCCAUCCCCUUUCCCGUCUCCUCCUCCCGCGCGCCCCUCGCCCUCCUCCGCCGCCGCCCCCGACGCCGACGGCGCCAUGAGCACGGAGGUCGCGCCCCUCGCCGCCCCGCCGCCCCUCAGGGACCCGGCGGAGCCCCUCGACGUGGACAUGGACGAAAUGGAGGAACCACCGCUGAACCGGUUCACGCGACGGAAGUCAGUGUUCGCGGAGGCUUACGACCCAGAGGAGGAUGACGACGACGGAGAGAGGAUUAUUCACGCCAAAUCGGACGAGCAGAGACAGAGGUUGUCCGAAUCCGUCAAAAACAUCUUCCUCUUCAGAUCUCUCGACCAUGACCAAAUGGGCGAGGUGCUGGACGCGAUGUUCGAGAGGAAGGUGACAGCAGGGGAGAAUGUCAUCAAACAGGGCGACGAUGGAGAUAACUUUUAUGUUAUAGAAUCGGGCGUCUUUAAUAUCUAUGUGAAGACUGAUAGUGACUCAGAACCACGGUUAGUUGGGAAGUACGACAACGCUGGCAGCUUUGGCGAACUGGCACUAAUGUACAACCUGCCUCGAGCUGCCACUAUCCAGGCUGUAACCCCAGGAGCUCUGUGGGCCAUGGAUCGCCAGACCUUCAGGAGGAUUCUGCUCAAGUCCGCCUGCAAGAAGAGGAAAAUGUAUGAGUCCCUCCUUGAGAAUGUGCCCAUGCUGAAAACCCUUGAGAAAUAUGAAAGGAUGAACCUGGCAGAUGCCCUUGUGCCCAAGGUGUACAGUCCAGGUGAGCAGAUUAUCAUGCAAGGAGACUCCGCAGAUGGCAUGUACUUCCUUGAAGACGGCACUGUGCGCAUCACCAUGACCAACUCAGAAAACCAGGAGAAGGAGAUCAGUCGAGUUUCAGUAGGUGGCUAUUUUGGAGAGCUUGCUCUGGUGACGAAGAAGGCACGAGCAGCUUCAGUGUAUGCAUGUGGGAAAGCCAAACUUGCUUUCCUUGAUGUGGAAGCCUUCGAGCGCCUCCUUGGACCUUGCAUGGACCUGAUGAAGCGCAAUAUCGAAGAUUAUGAAAACGAACUCCUUAGGAUCUUUGGCUCGAAGGCUAACAUCUCUGACAUCCGAUGAAGAACCUCCUCAAGUUCGUAGCUCACUCGACGGUCACCAAUGUUAAUGCGUCUGAGGGUGGUAGGUGAUGGAAAGGGGGAAAGGGUUAGGGGGGAUAUCUCCUCAUCCAUCCUAAACCAAGGUGAAAAUGAUGACCAAGAAAAUUGUGAAGGAGAUAUAUGAUUAUUCUGAAGAUGAUAUGAGGAGAAGGAGGAAUUUAAGAAAAAUAGAAGAAAUGAAUGAAUAUAUAUGACUAAAAGAGAUGAUAGUUGUAACCAUGUAGCUCAUGUUAGCUUGGGAUUCCUUAGUUUUCAUGCCUUUUGGCCUAAGUGAACAUUGAGGUUGAUUAAUAUCUCCUCUGUGUUUGUGAACGGCUGCUCUCUCUCUCCAGUAAAGCAAACCAACUUUCUGUUCUAAUAUUUCCCUAGCUGAUUGAAACAAAAUAUUACUUGAUUUGGGUGAUUAGAACAUGUUUUCCUGUUUGGCAGUGCUAUAUAUGUUAUUUUUGUUUUUAAUGAUUAUGAAUUUAUAUUAUACCAUUGGAUCCUUGGCUGUCAUAUGUGUUAAUAUAUUGUUUCCCCUGUAAAAGGAUGCAAUUUUAAUUCUGAAUUCCAUAAUACAGUUUCUAUAGAUGGGACACCUCAGUCGUAUAGAGCAAUCUAUAUAUAUAUAUAUAUAUGAAUAUAUACAUUACAUAAAUUAUAUAUACAAUCUAAAAUUGCACCUCAGAAACCUUUGUAAAUUACCAAGAGCUUCCUUAGGUGCAAGUUUUUGACUUUUAUGUCAUAUUUUUUUUUUUUUUUUUUUUUUUUUUUUUUUUUUUUUUUUUUUUUACCUCUUGCCUUGAGGUUGUCCCCUAUUCUUGAUUUUUUUUUCCAUUUGACAAAUGAGAAAAUAUACAUAAAUAAAAAGAAAAAAGAAAAAAAAUAGUUCUUCUAUUCUAAGAAGGAAUUAUUGUCAUUCUUACCUGUGGUUAUCUGUUAACAUUUAUGUAGAUUACUGUAAUUUUGUCUAGUGUAUAGAACUUGUGUUCUCUCCUCUAUUUUAAUUCAUGUUGGUGAACUCCAAGUCCCUGUAAAUUCUUGUGUGAUUUUUUGCCCUUUGAGAGGUGCUACACUUAAGAAUUAUACAUAUAUCAAAACUAUUAUUAUGUCAGGCCUAUAAUGUACUUUUUUAAAAACCAGCAUACUUUCAUAAAUUUUGAGGGGCCAAAAAAAACAAAAAAAAAAAAACAAAACAAAAAAAAAAAAAACAAAAAAAAUGAAAGUGAGAAUGGACAGAAGAAAAAAACAAAAAUAUAAGUAAAAUUGUGUAAUAGCUAUAUCUUUCUCUAUAUUUUUUCCACGUUACUUAAGUUCACAUUAAGAAAGAAAGGAGGCCUUUUGUUUCAAUGGUUCGGGUGGUUUUGUGUAACUGAGAAAAAGAAGAAAAAAAUCAUAUAUGUGCCUCGUCUUUAAUUUCUCAGGAUUUACGUUUUUUUCCAAAUUCAUUUUUUAGUCCCCUGCAUCAUAGUCUGUAGACAAUUAAAUGUACCCCAGUAAAAUGGUAGAGUUGUCUGUGUUUGAGGUCCCAAUUCCAGAAUUCAAUCUCGCGCACAUCUUAGUUAGUCAAAAGUGAUGCUCACACAUAAUGAUUCUGGCAAUCAUGUGAUGCAAGGUCGUCACAAGGGGAGCAUCCUUGUUCAAGAUGAAGAAAAUAAAGAAAAAAGAAAAGUAAUGCUAUGCUUUGGUUCUGGAAGCUUCCAUCCACAAGUUUCUAGAAACAGGUUGGCUUGUCACAGUUAUCUUAAUCCAGUAAGUAUUUUCAUCAUGAGCUGUUUGAGCAUUUAUGUCAAGUUUGGUUCUAAGAGAAUUAACUGUAUUUCUAUUCAAAAACUUGUGUUUUAUAUAAAUAAAUAUAUAUAUACACUGUUUAUAUAUAUAUAUAUAUAUAUAUAUAUAUAUAUAUAUAUAUAUAUAUAUAUAUAUAUAUAUAUAUAUAUAUAUAUAUAUAUAUAUAUAUAUAUGUAUCCACAUGUAUAUCCAUGUAGGAUCCCAUCAAGUAAAACUGUAUUUUGAAUUGAAGUAGAUGAUUACAUAAAACCCAAAAAUAAAAACUAAACAAUGAACAACCAGUUUGAUGUAGACCAGCUGUCUCAUGCUCAAAAGGUUUGCCUGAAUAUACAUCAACAUGCAAAAGUAAUAUAUAGAAAUUCUCUUGGAUUCUUUUUUUUUCUUUUUUUUCCUUAAACAUUGUUAAUAACAGAGGCUUUGAUUUUUUAAAUCAAAAUUUGUUCAAAAUUUAAUAUUCAAAGUAUUCAUUAAGUUGUGGUACAGAGAUACUCAAUAGAAAAAUAAAAUGAAAAAGUUUCCCAUGGUGUAUUAGAAGAGAGCUUCAAAUAGACCAAGAGACCACACUGGAGUCAUAGAUUAUGAGAGAAAAUCAAAAGAUAUUGGAGGCAGAUUCAUGAUGUUAACCAUGCUGUAUGUUCAGAUCAAGGCAGGGGGAAGGGAAGGACAAUUACAAGCAACAGGGUGUGUGAGGAGCUUCACCUACAUGAUAUAAGCAUGUCCUGCUACUGGUUAAAACAGAGUCCUGAAUUAUGGUAUAGUGUUAUGCACCUGAAAAGGAAAAGAAGGAUUAAAACAUGUUGAUGUUUUCUGGUAAUUUUUGAACUAUAAAUGAAGAAAAAGAAAAUUAAUCAGAUUCAACCUGAUAUUACAAUUAACAGAUAAGUGAAGCUUUACUUAAGAUUAUAUUAGUGCACACAAACAUGCAAUGUAAGUGUGUAUAUAUGUAUGAACUCUACGUUUGAAUGUAUCCAUGCCUCUGUGCGUGUGUGUGUGUGUGCGCACAAGCAUGCAUUAAAUAUACCUACAAAGAGUGUGUGUGGGUGUGGGUGUGGAUGUGGAUGUGUGUGUGCAUGCAGAAGCACCUUUGCGUGUGUGUGUGUGUGCAUGCGCAAGCACCUUUGCAUGUGCGUGUGCGUGCUCAAGCACCUUUGUGUGUGCGUGUGCGUGCUCAAGCACCUAUGCAUGUGCGUGUGCAUGUAUAUUUGUGUGUGUGUGUGCAUUAAAUAUACCCACACAUCAACAAAUUUUCCUACACAUCCAUAUGCAAACAGCUUUCCUUACUCACUUUGCAAGGAGCACCUGACUCUCCUGCUGGCAAGUGCUUCCCCCUGUACAGAGCUUAAUGUGUGAUAGCUUCCAUACACCACUACUUUGUUACCCCUUGUUGGCAACAGUCCUCUCAGACACUCAAGAAUUGGCCAUUUCUUCUGUAUAAGCUACAGUUUGUAUAAUAUGUCCAAAAGAGCAACUGUUUAGGAAAUCCUGACUUGUUUUUGUAAACUGAAAUGAAAAUCCAAAAUAACACUAGGUUCUCAAAAAAGGAGCACUUAAAUGGAGUUUAUAUAUUGUUCAAAAUAGAAAGAGGUCACAGAAUUUUGUUGAAGCCAGGAAGAUCAUGGUGACUGAAAAGCAACUGAUUUAACAUACAAUCUGAGUGGAUUCAAAAGGAAGAUUCAACUAGUAUUACCUGUUGUCGCGAGCAGCAAUUGGGCACAAUGUGAUGUUGGGGACUAAUAUUUUUUUUUAUCCCUCUUAACAAUAGACAUUAUAGUCAAAAAUGUAUGAAAUUUAUUUGAUAUUUAAGCACAUUGGCUGAAUAGUGUUUUCAUGACCCAUAACUCAUAUAAGACUUCACAACUCAUUGUCAGUUAUUUCUUAAUCUUGCCCUUCAUAAAUCAGGGACAUUUAAUGUUUAGUCAAAUGCAUGUGUGAAAAGGAGCCCUUGAUUUAGUCUUGGGCAAGGAAGGAAAUACAAGAGCAAAUUAUAUUUUUUCACUGUUUCUUCUAGAAAUCUAUCAUCAUCUCUGAAGAAUGUGAGAUUAGUUGUAAAGGCUUAUUUCACUGCCCUUUUCACUACACACUCGCUCAAACACGCACGCACACACACACACACACACACACACACACACACACACACACACACACACACACACACACACACACACACACACACACACACACACACACAAAUAUAUUCACAUAUAUAUGCAGUGGCAUGGCUAAAAUGGGGGGACAUUUUCACAGCACUCUGCCCUCCUCCCCUGUGGAGGGUGCUUCCAGAGGACACCAAUAUAUAUAUAUAUAUAUAUAUAUAU